GCCACCCUUCUUUGCUAUAUUUCUAAUCCCAAACACAUUAAUUUACCAUCAAAUUAGAUGAAAAAAAACAAAGGGUUGUUGUUAUUCACACUCCCUCUGUAAUAAUUAAAACCUAAAACAAAAAUCCAAUAAUGGAGAGAGAGUAUCAUCCAGCAGCAGAUGAAGCAAUAGCGGAACAGGCACCUCAAACUCCAAAGAAUAAGAAGAAGAAUAAGAUGAAGCAGAAGAGGAGGUUUAGUGAUGAGCAAAUCAGGUUACUCGAGUCGAUAUUCGAAUCAGAGACGAAGCUGGAACCGAGAAAGAAGAUGCAACUGGCGAGAGAGCUGGGGCUUCAGCCUCGCCAAGUAGCUAUAUGGUUCCAAAACAGAAGAGCCAGAUGGAAGUCCAAACAAAUAGAGCAAGAUUACAACACACUCAAAGCUAAUUAUGACAACUUGGAGUCAAGAUUCGAGUCCUUGAAGAAAGAGAAACACUCCUUGAUUUUACAGAUUCAGAAGUUGAGUGAACUGCUGGAGGAACCUCAUAAGGGCGGGAAGGGUCUUGAUGGAAGCAGCACGGGUGGUGGUGGUGGUUCAGAAUAUGGAGAGACCAAGUGCGAGACUGAAGUUGAAGCUCAGCCAAGUUUCCAGCACAAGGAAUGCCUGGGCUUGCAAACUGAAAACGAAAGGGGUGAUAUAAAGCAAACAGGGCAAGGCGGAGAAGAAUUUCUAAUAAUGGACGAGUAUAAGAACGACUCCCCAGCUUCACCUGACAAAUUUUACGGGCUUCAUUCGGUUGACAUGUUCGAUCAUUCGUAUACCAAUUGUCAGUGGUUAAACUUUUGGACUUGACACGCUCUUCCCUUCAACAAUAUUUUCAAUGUCUACCAGAGAACUCUCAACUUGGGGCUCUCUGAAACAUCAAUAGAGGCCUGGAAACAUGGAAAGUAACCACUCACAAUUUGUUGACAAGAGGUAUAAGUGUGGGUCAUGGACUAAUCUCUCUAUGAAUCUGCUAGAACACUACCAGGUAAAAGAGUUCAAGGUUCUGAAUUUCAUUUUUAGGUUUGUUUUUUUAUUGUGGUUAUUUAUCGAUGUAUGAUAUUGUAUAUGAGGUUGUUCUUAAUUUACAGUUCAAUGUUAGUCGGUCA